AUGACGUUUCUCCGUCUCAAGGGUAUUCCGGUCCCGAGGAUUUUUGAUUACUCAUGCUCCUCGGACAAUCCUGCAGGCACAGAGUAUAUAUUCAUGGAAUUUUGCCCUGGAACGGAUCUUGCCAGCAUAUGGGAUGGUCUUGCGGAAGCUGGCCAAACCCAGAUUGUUAGAAGUAUCGUAGAUGUGGAGGCGCGACUGUCCAACAUUCGCUUACCGGCGAGCGGCAGUCUCUACUUUCUUCGAGACGUAUCCGCGAGUGCCACUAGAGUCGCCGUGGAUCCUGAGGACGCCGACCGCCCGAACUCACUGUUCCUCGGCCCCACCACCGAUUUCUCGUUUUGGUUUGGUAGCAGAAGCAGCCUCGACGUCGAUCGGGGACAUUGUGAGUUUGCAGACUGAGGUUCUAAUGCCAUGGAGAAACUGACCAUCCCUAGUCUCCACCCUAGAAGCUGUAAUGAACUCUGGCGCCAUCAAGGAGAUACGAUAUCUACAACAACACGGCCGACCGCUUCUACCGUUCAACCGAUUCCAAAGAGAGACAUUCAACCUCGAGAAACAACUGCCAUCUGUUCAUCUAGAUAGCAUUCAAAAGUACCUGCAGAUUUCCAAGUACCUGGUCCCACGAGCUGAAGGCCUUGAUACGCCAACUUUGAGACAUCCAGACCUUCGACCGGGCAACAUUUUCGUCUCUGAUGAUUUCAACAUCACGGCGCUCAUUGACUGGCAGCAUAGUGUCGUGCAGCCUUUAUUCUUGAGCUGCGGCAUACCGGAAUUCCUGGACCCCCAAUCACGUCCCUCUGACACAUCUGAAACAUCGAGCACUUCUCUACAAGAGAGCGGAGGCGAAGAACUUGAACGUCUUGAUCAUCAGCAUCAAGGGUAUGUUGAAAUGAUAGAGCGUCACGAUCCUUCUCACUUUAAGGCUCUUACUUAUCCCUUCGCGGUUGGUCGGCAGAAGAUCCAUCGAUUGGCGGGCGAGCCAUGGCAAGGCGACAACAUCCCCAUGCGCUCCAGUCUGAUCUUUGUCAAGCAACACUGGAGUCAGAUCUGCUCGGAUCCCGCUGUGCCUUGUCCAAUCUCGUUCACGCAGGAGGAGGAAAUAGACUGCCUCCGCCUUGACGACGCGGAGCAACAAGGUGUAGAGCAAUUGGAAGAGUUCAAGAGAACGAUUGGUCUGGGUCCUGAGGGAUGGGUGUCCCAUGAAAAUUAUGAUGCUGCCAAAGAAGCAAUCGCUCGGAUGAAACAGUUGUCUCUGGACCAGGCAGAAUCUGAAGAGGAGCUGACAGCGAUUCGGGAUCACUGGGUCUUCGAUGAUAUGGAUGAGGACGAAUAUUCUUGA